CGUGAAGGGUUCGAGUCUCAAACAACAAGAAAAAGAGUGGCGACGACCAUUUAUCAUUGUUGAUAACGAGUAUGUGCGUCACGGUGCGCACCGGACUCCCCACCCUGCAUGUCAAUUGUGGGCAGCGCAGCAUGUGAUGCUCCGUCCACCCCCACCCCCCCAGCGUCCGUCCCGUGAGCGCUCAGUCUGUAGCACAACGAUACACAAGUGCUGCUCGGCGGAUGCGUUCAUGCCUCUCUCCAGACAUCCUCUGACAGCUGCGCGCACAUUAAAUCCUGGAUAUUGUUGACCGCUGCAAAAGACUCACGGACUGAGGCCAAGAACUGAAACCCAACCUCAACGUCGUUCUUACGGCUGCAUCCGUUCAUCUCUUCUCCACCCUUUGCUUCUUCCACUUCUCUCUGUUCCUGCCCUCAUCUCUCGCUAUCUCUCUCUUUCUUUCUCUCUCCACCCCCACCCCCCUCCCGGCCCUCAGCCUCCCUGAUGCCUAAGAACAGCAAGGUGACACAGCGCGAGCAGAGCAAUGAGCCCGUCACAGAGUCGGUGGCUGACCUGCUCGCCAACGAGGAGCCCCUCGACUACAAGAACAGCUCCCUGAAUGUUGGCGCGGCCGCCGGAAAGAAAGUCCCACAGAUUGAGGUCCCCGAGAACGAUGGGCGACCGGCCUGGAACAGCAAACUGCAGUACAUCCUGGCCCAGGUGGGCUUCUCUGUGGGCCUGGGGAACGUGUGGCGCUUCCCUUACCUGUGCCAAAAGAAUGGAGGAGGUGCUUAUCUGGUUCCUUACUUCAUCCUCCUCCUCAUCAUCGGCAUCCCUCUGUUCUUCCUGGAGCUGGCGGUGGGUCAGAAGAUCCGACGUGGGAGCAUCGGGGUCUGGAACUACGUCUGCCCCCGUCUGGGCGGGAUAGGGAUGUCCAGUCUGAUGGUGUGUGGCUUUGUGGGCCUCUACUACAAUGUGAUCAUUGGCUGGAGCAUCUUCUACUUCUUCCAGUCCUUCCAGUAUCCUCUGCCAUGGAGCGACUGUCCGAUCAUAAAGAACGGGACCCUCGCCAUUGUGGAGCCGGAGUGCGAGAAAAGCUCUGCUACGACUUACUUCUGGUACCGGCAGACUCUGAACACGACCAGCACCAUCGCAGAGAGCGGAGGGCUCAACAUCAAGAUGACCCUGUCUCUGCUGGUGGCCUGGAUCAUCGUCUGCCUCGCCGUCAUUAAAGGAAUCGCCUCCUCUGGGAAGGUGAUGUACUUCAGCUCUCUUUUCCCCUAUGUGGUGCUGUUCUGUUUCCUGGUCAGGGGUUUAAUGCUGAAAGGGUCAGUAGAUGGCAUCGCUCAUAUGUUCACUCCCAAGUUGGAGAAGAUGCUGGAGCCUCAGGUGUGGAGGGAGGCAGCCACUCAGGUCUUCUUCGCCCUCGGUCUGGGGUUUGGAGGAGUCAUAGCCUUCUCCAGCUACAACAAGAUCGACAACAACUGUCACUUUGACGCUGUGCUCGUCUCUUUCAUCAACUUCAUCACCUCCAUUCUGGCCACACUGGUGGUGUUCGCCGUGCUGGGAUUCAAGGCCAACAUCAUGAAUGAGAAGUGUGUCGUUGAAAAUGCAGAAAAGAUUGUGGGAUACCUCAACUCUGCCGUCCUGAGUCAUGACCUAAUUCCUCCACACAUCAACUUUUCUCAUCUCACUACGUCAGACUACGCUGAGAUGUACGGGGUCAUCAAAACAGUGAAAGAGGGCAGCUUUGCCCAGUUAGGUCUGGAGCCUUGCCUCCUGGAGGACGAGCUCAACAAGGCGGUCCAAGGCACUGGCCUGGCCUUCAUCGCCUUCACAGAAGCCAUGACUCAUUUCCCGGCAUCCCCGUUCUGGUCAGUCAUGUUCUUCUUCAUGCUCAUCAACCUGGGCCUGGGCAGCAUGAUUGGCACCAUGACGGGCAUCACCACACCCGUCCUCGACACGUACAAAGUCCAGAAGGAGCUUUUCACAGUGUGUUGCUGCAUCGUGGCUUUCCUCUGUGGCCUGCUGUUUGUUCAGCGCUCAGGAAAUUACUUUGUCACCAUGUUCGAUGACUAUUCAGCUGGUCUGCCUCUCACUGUCGUGGUGAUCCUGGAAAAUCUGUCGGUCGCUUGGGUGUACGGCACUAAAAGGUUCAUGCAGGACCUGGAGGACAUGUUGGGUUUCCGACCGUGCAUUUUGUAUUUCUACCUGUGGAAGUACGUCUCUCCUCUCUGUCUCAUCGUUCUCAUCUCAGCUACUGUCAUAGAGAUGGCCAUCAGCCCGCCAGGAUACAACGCCUGGGUCCAAGAGCUGGCUCAGGAGCGUUUCCAGAGCUACCCUCCCUGGGCUCUGGGCAUGUGCUUUUCCCUCAUCGCAGUCGCCAUGCUUCCUCUCCCCGUUGUCUUCAUCGCCCGCCACUUUAACCUGAUGUCAGACGGCUCCAAUAAACUGUCUGUGUCCUAUCGUAAAACUAUGAUGAAAGAUAUAUCCAAUCUUGAGGAGCAGGAAGAGGUCAGGUCCAUCCUUGGCGCCAAGCCUGGUGAGGCGCCGUCAUCAGUGGCGGCACGUAGACCCUUCCUGGCUCCUGGAGGGAAUAAACCCACGGACCCCAACUCCCUGUCCCCAAACAUCUGCUAUGGCACAAGCUACCAAAACGCAGCCAUUAGCCCCACCACUCCGACUACACCGACCACGCCCGUAACACCAGAGUCUGACUCUUGAAUGCCGUCCAUCUUUCGCAAACAUCCCUCUGUCCCCUGGCCCUGUAGCACAGUUUACUUUUCAGCCAUGGAGUCUCCACCAGGGGUCAUUGCAGCAGCACGAAACCCCAACACUGCCCUACUAACGGCACAAAACUGUAUGUAGGCAAACAGUUUAUCUGAGCACACACCUCCCAAAAUAACCAAGGAACCACCUGAGAAGACAUCCAGAACGAAAUAGAUGUUAAAAAGCAGCAAUAACAAGGAAAAAAAUCACUUUACGACCAACCAAACACUGGAAUCAGAGUGAGAUUAAUAGUGACACGCAGCAUAUUUGUGUAUAUUUAAAAGUAUAGUGUUUUUAUGCUUAGGGAGCUCUGUGACCUGCUUUUCUUUGCCUUAGUUUAAGGACACCCCCCAGAUAAUAAAGCACAUCCCUGGCUGCACAGUGGAUCUAAAGGAAUGAAUGUAGUGAAGUUGGUGGAGAGGCCAACACUCAGUACAGAGGCAGAGGGAUCUCAUAUGAAUGUGAGUUUGAUUAUUUACGCUUUUGCAAACCUGUCAGUGUAUAUGUUGCUGCCCGUUCUAUUGUAGCAAUACUAGGUGUCAAAGCCAUAUAGAGUAUAAUAACACAGGAUGUUAACAUCGUGUCUAGAUCCAUGAAACAUGUCUAGUUGUAAACACUCUGGGUUGAAAAAAAAAUGCUGACAGCUGCUGUAAAGACACCUACCAGUGUACCCCAUUCAGACCUUAAAUCAAACUCCUGCUGUAUUUUUUUGUGUGUGUGUGUAGCAUGUAUCGUUCUUCAACAAUGUACACUGUAGUCAUGUAAUAUAGGAUUAUACAGUUUUUGUAACCUGGAGCUCAAAAACCACACUGUCAUCAUCUACCACACAACAUGCUGCCAGUGAAGUGAGCUGUAGAAAACCACUCAUGUCUUCACCAAAGAGUAAAGAAAAAAAGGAAAUAAAAAAAACCACCUGAAUGCAACUUCAGGUAAAAUAGACCUGAUUUGCUGAACUGCACUGAACUUUAAACUCAUACUGACGGACCGACAUUGACAGGAUUUAUGUGGAUUUGAAACAAGUGUUAGGAAUUGCUCGAUGCAGUUUUUAUAUUUCGUUCCUGAAAAAAUGAAAAAGCUACAAAAGCACAAAAGGAGGUUUUAAAUUAAUUAUAGAGCACAAUACAGAUAGCGACUCUAACUGAUGUUCUACCAUUGUGAACUCUCUGAACCACAUGGACAUGUGGAAUUAAAAUUCUGUCAUCAAAUGAGCCCUGCACAGCAAUUCACAAUUUAUCCGAGCACAAACUAGAAUUCACAAACUAUGUUCACUGUGCACAAUGAAUAUAAAUAUAUAGAUAAAAAGCAAUGGACCAAAAGAUUUAGAAAAUUCAGGAAAAACCCAAAAUAUGUAAAUCCAUCAGCUGACUUGAUAGUAUGCACUUCUGAAAGCCUUAGACUCCACACAUGCACAAAGUACCUGCUCAAACUUGCAUAUAAUCCCUGUUUUCUGUAUAUUUGUGGUAUAUUAAAUGUCUUGCAGGGUUUUUGAAGCAGACAGUGACGUCGACACGACUUUGGGUCCUGGUUAAACUGAGGUUGAACCAGCUAACACACUGACCAGGCAAAUUUGAGAUGGACAUCUUGUCAUGCUCAUUUUUAUAAAUAACCUACUGGUGGUGGAUAGUUGUGCAAAACUGUUCAGUUCAAACUGAGCACAUUUGAGUUCCUGUUACAUGGGAAAGGAUACCUUUAUUUAUUUUUUUAUCACAAUAUUCAAAGCCAUGGUGUUAAGGUGUAAAUAGACUAUAUUUAUAUUCUUGUAUAUUUACAGUUGUGUAGAAGUGAUGACAAAGAUUUAUCUUUUACAAGGGAUCAGUAGCCUAUAUAGCUUAUAUUUUCAUCUUCUGUGAUGCUUAUUGAAACCGUAUAUUUUAAGACUUACCUGUUUUGUAGUUUGUGUAGCAUGUCCUAUUCGCGGGAUAUGAAAAUGCUGCAGGAUGGUGGACGUAACCUGUGAUCCCAGUGUGGGCAGCAGCUGGUUCUCGUUGCUCCAUCCCCUGUCAGGUGACGUCCACUCACCUGUCUCCGCUUCAGGUUUACUGGUCUACUUGUUUUUAGCCAUGCUAGCAGUCCCCCAACAUAAAAUGCUUUCAAUUUUUUUUUAAACAUUUAACUUCAUGAUAGAAUGCCUCAAAGAUACAAGUUUCAGAUGUAGCAUGCUAACAUGCUAACCUGCUAAACAGGAACUAUCUAAAUGUUAGCAUGGCAGCUUACGUGAUGCCAAAUGCUAACUAACAAAGCACUUAGAUCACCUGAUCUCAUAUUUCUUUUAAAGGGAGGUGAGCCUGUGAGCGCAAAAUGUUGUAUACACAAAAUAAUUGGCAUUUAGAGGAGAACAUGAGCUAAAAGUUGUUAGAACACCACCACUAGACAACUGUUCAUGUCUGUAUGUCUACCAAGGCUAACAAUUUAUAAAGCUAACAAGCGUGAACCUCACUAUUUGAAAUGCAGAGACAUAAACGAAAGAAUGCUACUAAUAUGAAUAUUAAACUCUUCAUGUAAUAACCAUGAAAUGUGUAAUUAAGUUAUAAAAACUGAAAGUUGAAAAUAUUUUCCAACAAAUCACAACUAUUGAGCUUUCAGGAAAUACCCAUAUAUUUGCACCCAUUUUUUUGUAAAAAAAAGAAAAAAAAAGAAGAAGAAAGAAAAAAGAAAGAAAGAAAAACCAGUACAACAAGCCACGUCAAUUUGACUUUUCACAGAGUUGUGCAAGGCCUCUAAAUCUCAUGAUGCUUAGUGCCCAGUCAGAAGGUUAAGGUCUUUGUUGUGGUGCCACCCUCAGGCCAAACUGUACUUUUCUUUUAGUGGUAGUUUAAAGUAGUGUGUUGUUGUCUCGAGCAUGCUGCUACAUUCAGAAAUGUUGUUUUCUGUUGUAUACUGGUUCUAAUGGUACUGCUAGUGUGGCUAAAACUUUGUUUAGUUUUUUGUGUUGUUUUAGUUUCUGUCAGCCAAGAACUUCCUGAGUGUAUCGUGUAGAGAUCUCUGUUUUGUUCAAGUCUGUAAAUAAUCUGUAACCAAACUAUUAUUAAGAUAGUUUUUAAUCAUGUGGAGUAUAUUAAUGUCUUAAAAGUUAACCGUUUUAGCAGUACAUGUAACGAGAAUUAAUGAAAAUGAAUGUGAUUCAUGCACUUUUUCACAAGACUGCAAUAAGUCAGAAGUUGUUUCGAUGUCCUGAUAGCAGUAAAUUCAAGGUCGGUGUAAAAGCAAUAUCACAACAUUUAAGCUGCAGAUUAAUGUGGCUGAAAGACAUUUCUGACUACUCAGUGUCUGUCAAUAGAAAUCCUUAUAAUGAAAAGGAUACUAUGACUCUGUGUGUGUGUGUGUGCGUGUGUGUGUGGUUAUAUCGGUGUGUGCAGGGCCUUACUGAGCACACACAUCAAGCACUGUCUGUAGAGGAGACACAUUUAGAAAUGUCCCUUUACAGAUUUUCUCUUUCUCCUCUGUCAUAUGAUGAUUGUACAAUCCUGACAAUAACUGUAAAAAUGGCGAACAUGAAAAAAAAAAGAAUAAAGACUGAACAAGC